AACCAAAAAACAACAUGGCUUCUCAUGUUGAAUCCUUAAUUGUGGGCGACAAAGAACCCGAGAAACCAGUAAACAGGGAAAAAACAUGCCCGCUUCUCCUGAGGGUCUUUUGUAACAUGGGGCGCCAUCAUGAGAUGAGGGAAUUUGCAAGAGGGAACACCCCGUCAAAUGAACUGCAGAUUUAUACUUGGAUGGAUGCCACCCUAAAAGAACUCACUGGACUUGUAAAAGAAGUCAACCCGGACGCCAGGAGAAAGGGAACAUAUUUUGACUUUGCAAUCAUAUACCCUGACCAGAGGGGGCCUAUGUAUCGCAUGCGAGAGAUAGGCACAAUUAGUGCUGGACAGCGUGGAGCUGAUGACAACGUUUCUUUGGCCAGUAAAAGGUUCAAUAUCGGUGAUUAUAUUGAUAUUGCUAUCACUCCUCCUAGGGCUGGUGGUGGUCCACCUCCGGGCCGAAGGCCUAGACCCUAUUGAGUACUCAAAGACAUGGUUAAACAAAUGGUAUUCCAAUUCGAAUUGGAUUCUUAUCAGGAAUAUUGUUGUCAAUCACUUAUCACAACCGCUUUUCAAAAAGUUGCAAGUUCAAUGGAAAUCUUAGGAUAUCAUACUCCUGGGAUAUCUUUCAGAUUUUUUGUUUAGUCUGCCAACUGUUCAACAAUUUGAUUAUUUCAGUAAGUGUUGCAGCCUGUAGAUGGCAUCACCAUUGACUGUUUGGAAAGAAAUUGUGUCCUUAAGAAAACUUUCGAAAUGAGAGAACUACAUUGAGAUUGAUAUCAAAUAUUUGCUGAUAAAGAAUCUAAAGCUUCACUUUUAACUGUUUUGGACUUUCUCUCUAAUUGAAAUGAUGGUAACUGAGUAUGUUAACUGCCAAUGCAUUUUAAGUAGAUGAACAGUAUUGCAGAUUUGCAAAAUCAGAGGUGAAGAGGAGAAUAGGACAAGAUAUCUGCUUUAAUCUCUUGUCAGAGUUGAAGUUAUACAUAAUGAUGUCAUUCCACCAUUUUAGAAUGUUGUUAAAGGUACCAGUAGUAAGCUAGUUUCCCAAGCAAAUUACUUAGAUGAAUAAACAUUUUAAUCAUUCACUCUUUUAUGUAAGAAC